AUGUCUCAACAAGUAAAAAAAAGCGCGGAUUCUCCAGAUAGCAAUAAUAAUAAUCAUGAUAAAAACAACGUUUCAGAAUCUGAAGGACCAAUAGCAUCAACAGUGGUGGUAAAAAAUGGAGUUUAUAAGAGUGAACAAAUCGAAGAUCGUAAAAGUGUAUUUAUAGCAUAUGCAAAACGCGUAGAAAAUAAGCAACAAGUCGAACUGUUUAAGGAUGAAAUGGAAAGAGAAAAUAAUACUGCAACACAUAACAUCAUAGCAUAUAGAAUAAUGAAAGACAAUGAUGGAGCAACAAUUGAAGAAUUUAUUGAUGAUGGUGAAAAAUAUGCAGGAAACCGAGUUUUAAAUUUAUUAAAAUCAUUGGAUGUUAAAAAUGUGGUAAUUAUAGUUUCUAGAUGGUAUGGAGGAGUUAUGCUUGGUCCGGCACGUUUUGAUCAUAUCGAGAAAUGUGCGAGAGAAGUAUUAGAUAAAGGUAAUUUUGUAACUGGUAAACGAACUACUCCUGUUAGGGGUGGUUCAUCAACUGGUAAGAUAAUCGUUAAUGGAUGUCAGAGAGGUAAUCCAAUACUUCAACAUAUUUGUAAUGUUACUUGGGAAUAUGGUGAAUGUAUACCAGAUUAUGUUCUAGGACAAACAACGUGUGCUUUAUUUCUAAGCCUUAGAUAUCAUCGACUUCAUCCUGAAUAUAUUUAUAAUAGAAUUCAACAAUUAAAAUACAAAUAUCUAUUAAGAAUACUUUUGGUUUUAGUUGAUAUAGAUUCUCAUCAAGAUUCUAUUCGUGAACUUAGCAAAGUUUGUGUAAUUAAUAAUUUUACUGUGAUAUUAGCUUGGAGUCAAGAAGAAGCAGGAAGAUACCUCGAAACUUAUAAAUCAUUUGAGUAUAAGCCACCAGAUAUGAUUAUGGAAAAAGUUCAAGAUGAUUAUUUGUCAAGGUUAACUCAUUCCAUGACGCAAAUAAAAUCAGUUAAUAAAACAGAUGUGAUAACACUUGCUUCAUCAGCACGUUCAUUGAAAAGGUUGAUGUCAAUGCCAUCUGAUGAAAUUGGAUUGUGUCCAGGAAUUGGUGAACAAAAGGUCAAAAGAAUUUUUGAGACAUUUAAUGAACCAUUUUCACUAAAUGAAUUAAAUGUUGAAGAUGUUCAUGAAUCUGGAGUAGACGCUGAUAUCAAUAUCAUAAUAAAUUGGAAUCUUUUGGGCAAUGUUGGGAACAAUUUAAUAUUUUUGAAGAUGAUAUUAUCAGUAUAUAUUGAUUCUGAUGCUGGUAUUUUAAAAUCAACCUUCAAUGUUGAUAAUAUUGCAAAUGAUACAAAUGGAAAACUUCAAAAUAAUUUUAAUGUUUUAAUGAAAUCAAGAAAGAAUAGUUAUGAAAUUGAUAUGGUUGAUUCAGAAGAUGGUUAUGCGGCAACUAGAGGUGAUUGUUCAGAAACAGAAAAAGAUGAAUAUUUAAGACGAAGUAGAAGACCUGGUAGACCGGCAGGUCAAAAGAAACAACAAGAACUACAGCUUGGUAGAAAUAAAUCUAAUAAUAGUGCUUCAAAAAAACAAAAUUAUAAGGACAAUUAUUAUAUAAAUAGUAUCGACGAAAAUGAUGUAUUAGCAAGAGAUAGAGCAGGUCAAACUAAUUUACAUAAAGCUUGUCAGUCUGGGAAUAUGGAAAGGACGAAGGAUUUAAUAAAAAGAGGGUCAGAUAUAAAUGCUCGUGAUCAUGCAGGUUGGACUUCUCUUCAUGAAGCAUCUCUUAACGGCCAUUUGGAAAUUGUAUAUUAUCUUUUAGAAAAUGGUGCUGAUGCUAAUGCUGCAUCACUUGAUGAUUGUGAUACUCCACUUCAUGACGCGUGCGCUAAAGGUCAUUAUGAUGUUGUAUGUGCAUUAUUAGAAUAUGGUGCUGAUCCCGAUAAAGCAAAUGCAAAAGAAGAAAAACCUGAGGAUCAUUCUAGCGAGGAAAGUAUCAUUAAAUUAUUAAAAACUCCAGUAGAAUAUGUAAAAAUACCUGAAAUCAUACAUUAUAAUUCAUCACAAAGAUACUCACCUUCUUUAUAUAUAACGGAUUUUGAUAGCAGAAGAACGUCAUUGAUUUCGGGUAAACGUGGUAGACCUAGAAUUAAACAAGAAGAUAUCAAAGAUAGUGGUUUAUCUAAAAGAUCUGAAAAUCAAAAAACUACUCGUAGAAGAGUCUCACUCCGAGAUAGUAAAAUUCGUGAAGGUGAUUUACAUAAUAAUGGUGCAAGGGCAAUUGUUUCUGCUAACGAUGUUCUUAGGAUGGAUCUUAAAAGUAGAGACUCAUCCGGACGUAGUAACCUUCAUAUUCAUGCCAAAAGAGGUAAUGCAGAAAUGGUUGCAAACAUGAUUGAGGCAGGUGCUAUGAUCAACGGAACUGACAAUCAUGGCCGUACUCCAUUACACGAAGCUGCAUCAGAGGGUCAUAACACAACAAUGGAAAUAUUACUUGCUUUUGGUGCAGAUAUAAACGUCAAAGAUAAAAAAUUAAAUACACCGCUUCAUGAUGCUGCUCAUAAAGGUCAUAUCGAAGUUGUAAAAAUACUGUUACAAAACAACGCUCAACCUGAUGGUAAAAAUAUUGAUGAAUUUGAUGAACUUGCAAUUAGUCCACCGCGAGAUUCAAUGGAAAUUCAAACACCAGAUUAUUUAAGAAUAGAAUUUGCAGAUAAAUAUAUAGGACCGUUGUACACAGUUCAAUUGGAUACCACAAGCACCGGAUAUCCACUUACCACACCUACGAUUCCUCCGACAGCAACUUUAUUUGUGGUUGAUUUACAGGUGGAAUUGUUUUUGCAAUGGAAAGUAAAUUCUUUAACAACAUCACAACCAAAUCUUACCAGAAGACUCAUCACAACAAUAGAAAAAGAACGACUCUGGCCAUUGUUACGAUCCAUAGUAUGGGCACCACCAAAAUCUAUUCGUCCUUCUGAAAUGGGAAUACUGGAAGAUGCUAGAAAAAUAAAAUUUUUAGAAUAUCAAAUGUAUUUUGUAAAGUAUGAAGAAGUUCUUAAGUUAAUGGAAAUUCAUUUCAAAAAUUCAUUUACCAAAUCCAUUUCAACUAUGGCAUUGGAUAUUUCAGACUAUCCAAAUCUAGAUGUAGCUCUUUACGAUUUUUCAUCUAAAUUACCACUUACACCUACUUCACCAACUACACCACUUCUUAAUUCUCAAUGGGGAGUUACAACUAAUUCUCCGCCUCUUAUAACAGCUUCUACUACUACCACCACUGCUUUAUUUAUAAAAAAGGAACAUAAUGGAAAAUUUAGAGACAAUAAUAAUAUUAGCAAUACAAAACAAUUAAAAGGGUUGAGCUGA